CAAUAUUGCAGCGGUGUUGAACGCGGUGAACGGGUAGAGUGUCAGUGUGUUCGGUGUGAAAAAAAGGGUUUGAGAGUGUGUGGCGCCCGUUUAUAUAACAUCAGAAACAGCUCCCGGAUAUACACACAUAUAUAUCGAGGACUAAUCCGGAGUGACCAAGGAGCGAACGUGGCGUCCAACGAGUCCAGCAGCAGUGCCGCGGGCAGUGGCGCGGAAUCCGCCGCCCUGUUCUCGAAAUUGCGUAGCUUCUCCAUUGGCAGUGGGCCCAACUCGCCGCAGCGUGUAGUCUCCAAUCUGCGCGGCUUCCUCACCCAUCGCCUGAGCAAUAUCACACCGAGCGACACAGGAUGGCGAGACUCGAUUCUGUCGAUUCCAAAGAAAUGGCUCUCCACCGCCGAGUCCGUGGACGAAUUUGGAUUCCCUGACACUCUACCCAAGGUGCCCGUUCCGCCGCUGGAUGAAACGAUGGCCGACUACAUCCGGGCCCUGGAGCCGAUCACCACGCCGGCGCAGCUAGAGCGGACCAAGGAGCUCAUCAAGCAGUUCACGGCCCCCCAAGGCCUUGGGCCGCGGCUUCACCAGUAUCUCCUGGACAAACGCGACGCUGAGGAUAACUGGGCUUACUAUUACUGGCUCAACGACAUGUACAUGAAUGUGCGCAUUCCCUUGCCGAUCAACUCCAAUCCGGGCAUGGUGUUCCCGCCCCGACGCUUCAAAACGGUCCACGACGUGGCCAACUUUGCCGCACGACUGCUGGACGGGAUUCUGGCCCAUCGCGAGAUGCUGGACAGCGGAGAGUUGCCGCAGGAACGGGCCGCCUCGCGGGAGAAGAACCAACCACUGUGCAUGGCACAGUAUUACCGCUUGUUGGGCUCCUGCCGGCGCCCUGGUGUGGAGCGGGACUCGCAGUUCCUGCCCUCUCGGGAGCGUCUGAGCGACGAGGACCGGCACGUGGUGGUGAUCUGCCGCAACCAGAUGUACUGCGUCGUGUUGCAAGCCAGCGACCGCGGCAAGUUGUCCGAGAGCGAGAUCGCCUCCCAGAUCCUCUACGUCCUGAGCGAUGCUCCCUGUUUGCCCUCGAAACCGGCUCCAGUGGGUCUGCUGACCGCCGAGCCGAGGACCCGCUGGGCUCACGACCGGGAGCUGCUUCAGCAGGACGAGCGAAAUCAGCGCAACCUGGAGCUGAUCGAGACCGCCCAGGUGGUGCUCUGCUUAGACGAGCCGCUGGCCAAUAACUUCAAUGCCCGCGGCUUCACCGGAGCCACCCCCUCUGUCCACCGGGCCGGCGAUCGUGAUGAGACGAACAUGGCCCAGGAGAUGAUCCACGGCGGCGGCAGCGAAUACAAUUCCGGUAAUCGUUGGUUUGACAAAACCAUGCAGCUUAUUAUCUGUACCGAUGGUACUUGGGGUCUGUGCUAUGAGCACUCAACUUCUGAGGGAAUUGCUGUGGUGCAACUGCUGGAAAAGAUUUACAAGAACAUUGAGGAACAUCCGGCCGAGGAUAAUGGUCUGCCCCAGCAUCACUUGCCGCCACCGGAGCGCCUGGAGUGGCAUGUCAGCCAGCAGAUAAGCUUGCGGUUCGGGCAGGCCUCCAAGACCGUGGACAGAGCCAUAGAUGAUCUGGACUUCUACGUGUACCGGUACCAGCAUUACGGAAAAAGCUUCAUCAAAUCCUGCCAGGUCAGUCCGGAUGUUUACAUCCAGCUGGCCCUCCAACUGGCUCACUACAAGCUGUACGGUCGCCUGGUGGCCACCUACGAAAGCGCUUCUACCCGGCGAUUUCUUCAUGGCCGAGUGGAUUGCAUCCGAGCUGCCAGUUCGGAGGCCUUGGAGUGGGCCAAGGCCAUGUGCCAGGGUGAGGGCGCCAAUGUUCCUCUGGAGAGCGAUCGCGAGGACGAGGAAGAGUCACGCAAGGUCAAGUUUAGCAUUUACAGUAAGGAUCACUUGCGAGAACUCUUCCGUUGCGCCGUAGCCCGCCAAACCGAGGUGAUGGUCAAGAACAUCCUGGGCAGUGGCAUUGACAUCCCGUUGCUGGGACUCCGGGAAGCCAGUGUGGAGGUAACCGGCGAAAUGCACGAGCUCUUCACGGACGAGUCCUACAAGAUCUCGCAGUGCUUCCUGUUGUCCACCAGUCAGGUGGCCUGCAGCACGGAUAGUUUCAUGGGUUAUGGCCCGGUGACACCGCGAGGCUAUGGCUGCUCCUAUAAUCCGCAACCGGAGCAGAUCGUCUUCUGCGUGUCGGCCUUCUACUCCUGCGAGGACACCAGUGCCUCGCGCUAUGCCAAGUCACUGCAGGAUUCGCUGGACAUCAUGCGCGACCUACUGCAUAAUUAACGAGGCAUCAUCGCACAGAUCGAUGAGCAACCGAAACAUAUCAGCAAAUGUACCUUAGCAGGUUAGCGAACGAAACUAAAAAUAAGUAAGUGUAACUAGCGACCGCCCGGGCGUUUCAUUUGUGACCAAAGCACCACCAAGCGAGCCACCCAACGAGGGUGGGAUCCGAGGGAUCUCCGCGGAUAAUGAGAAAGAAUCGAAAACUAAUGUCAAUCACUACCAUGUUGAGACGAAAUCCUAUUUGUGCAGCAACCCAUUUGCUUUAACUAUCCGUUUACCUUAGUCUAUAUAGAACAUAAUCCUUGUAGUUCGUUGUAGAGCAACUCUAGUCAAUUAAAUGUGUUUUAGAGCCAUUUUAUGUGGAAAUUGAAAACUGUUAGUGCUGUUAUCUGAAUGUGUUAAUUGUGAAAUAUCUAAUGAAAUAUUCUGAUUGUUAUUCUAUAUCUAAAUGCUAACGAAAUUAGCCGAGCUUCGAUUUGUUCCCUGAUUUAAACUAAUAAGCCCCCAAGUAUGCAAUACUUUGUUACAAGCGUUAAGUUUCAGAUACGUUCUAAUAGGUGUUACAAAUAAAUUAUAAAAAAUACUAACCAAAAACAUUAACCAAAAGUAAUCUAUGCUUGUUACUGCAGUUUCGUUGUUGUUCGUUUGAGAAAUUAUGAAAGUAAAGAAAUCAUAUAGUGUCUGUUGAGAAGUUUCAAUAAAUAUAUUCGUGUUUUAGAGAGCAAAGUGGUAUACCGUAACUACAGGCUUUUUGGAUGAACAUAUAUGAAUGAAUAUACAACCCAAAGAAUAAAUAAAAAGAAAUUGUAGAAGAUUAUAUAUAUAGAUGUAUAUGCGUAUAGACUUGAGAGGUAACAAUACAUAUCAAUAAAUUUAUAUACACCCCCGGGAAGGGUCUUCAAAAAGCUAUAAGAAUUUUCUCAACAAGGUAACCAAAGAUCGAAAGCUAAAAAAUAUAUAAAGAUAUAUGUUUGUCUGUUCGAACUGUUAGUGAAAAAUGUAUAUGUUUCGGUAGUAAUUCGAAGCUAUUAAUAUUCUAAAACAGAAAAUAUAUACACUUACAAAAUAUACGUAUGUUAUUUACAAGAGAAAUUUAUGUGAAACGUUAAAGGACAACCAGAUUCAUACUAUAUCAAACUAGUUGCUGUGUUCAUUGUUGCUAUAUAUGUAUUAUUAUCUAGACCAUCUAACUGUUAACCGAUCUAUCCUACUCCAACUAUAUCCUGAAUUCAGACUACAUGUAAUUCUGUUUCCUUGGUGUUCGCCGUUAAGUUUCAUCCCCAGUUUCAAUGGCCCCCGAGGCCGCAGUUAAUGUAUGCAAAAAUAAUCACCAAACAAAUAAAAUAAAAUAAAUGCAUUCCAA